AUGUACAAACACGUCCUUGAGCAGUGGGCACGUCAGCCAGCGCCCAGCGAAGGAACGACGCCUGAAAGGAAGACGGCGGGUUCGCUCUUGGACGCUUCGGUGAUGGACUCGGGAGGUCGCCGCGAGGUGGGGUUCGCCUUGGAUCGGACUCGUCCCUCCUUGCAACCGAUGGACGACUCUAGAAGGGACGUGCCCUUGGUCACGUCAGUGUACGAACAACCCAACAACAACGUACCGGGCCAACAAGGAAGCCGACGUGCCCCAGGGGCUGUACAUGUUGUUGCUGGAACACCUACGCGAGCGUACGUACCUGGUGGAAGUCGAGGAGCGACGCCUGUUCAAUCGAUGAGAACGCCGACGAGAGGAAGUGGAACGCCGACGACGGACCCAGCCUUACAGGCUCUCAUCAUGGACGGUCUCGCCCAAUUGCUACAGAGGGCUGGGGUGACGAACGGAACGCCGGUGCCGUCACCAAGACCUCAAGCUACAGGACACGUACCAAGUACUGUGCCGACGCCGACCCGACCAAUGACGUCUUCAGUGAUGGGGUACCAAGGACCUAUGACCCCGAGGAUGAGGGAUCAAACGCCGGUUUCGACACCUAGCCGAAUGCCGAUGCCGCUAUUCUUUCGUAUGGGGGCGUGUCAAUUCCUAUGGCUGAUUCCACGUGAAACGGUGGAGGUGGUGGAACGCCCCAACGGAUGGGCUGCUGCUGGAGCGAUACCCGCGUGGUCUGCUGCGUCUGCACGGCAGACACCUGCCAGCCCCAGAAGCGGAACGUACGGAUUGCCGUUCCAAAGAACGUCUCCUAUGAAUGUUGCGACGUUUCAGGGACGAUCAGGAGCGCUAGGACAAGAAGGGAACGUGGGUGCUAAAGGAGGAAGGUACGCACCUAACGCAGUACCUCCGCAAGGGCAAGUGACGAGUCCGUACUACGACCAAGGAGUCCGCAAUGGCUCGCACGGGUCAGGGAGAGGUGCUCAGCAGGACGUUCCGAUUGUUGGUAUCCCGACCGAAUUACGGAACGCUGUGAAAGUUAUCGUCGCGUCCUACUCAGAGACGGCCACGUACGAAAUGGCGGCCGCGUUCUGGCGUUCCUUCGAGAAGUGUACGCUUAGUUCAAUAACACGCACACAGUGUUACCAUUGUAACGAGUUGCUAUUCCUCCUGCCCGACUCGCUGGGCAAAUCGUAUAGUUUAUGUGCCUGCUGCGCUGUCUGUCCCUAG